AUGCUUCCACUGCUGUUGAUAUGUGUUCUGCUAGCACAACAGGCUUUAGCAUUUCCUCGUCAGCACAGAGCCAACGAGAAACCCCUACCAUAUUCCCUCCAUGAUAGCAGGGACACUCGUAGCAGAAGCUACAAGAUACCCAGCGCUGUACAAAACGGAACCAGCAAAGCCCAGUUUGAGAUCCCAACGCCAGCAACCACCCUUGAUAUAGAGACCCUCUUCCGUCUAGACGCACCUCAGAUAGAUUCAAUCAACAACUCCGUGUUCGACUGGUGGUAUUUCGAUGCCGUCUCAGAGACCAACCCAGAUGAUUCCCUAGUCGUCACAUUCUUCUCCUCAUCCGCAGAAGCAUUUCCAUUCCUCGACGCGAAUGAAUCCUCCGUGCUGACCGUUUGGCUAUGGGCUUCGUUCGCCAAUGGAACCGUCUUUUACGACUCCGUCCCGGCAACCGUGGCAACUGUCACUGGCGCAGGCGGCGCGGGCACUAAUAGCUCCGGCGAGUGGUCCUCCACUGGCUUUAGCUGGGCUGCUCUUACAGAAGAUCUAUCUCGGUAUGAGAUUAUCAUCGCGUCUGAGAAGUUGCAAGUCGAAGGCCGGCUUACCCUGACUUCGCAAGUACCGCCUCAUCUGCCCUGUGGAAUCCAACCGGAGCGGACUGUACUUGAGAUUGCACCUCAUAUCGGAUGGGUUAAUUUGAUACCCGACGCCGUGGGUGAGGUCGACAUGAAGAUCCAAGGGUCGACGCUGAAGUUCCGAGGGCCUGGGUACCACGACAAAAAUUGGUCUGAUCAACGCUUUGUUGAUUCUGUCCACAGCUGGUACUGGGGCCACGGUCGUCUAGGGCCAUACUCGAUUGUAUGGUUCAGUUACCUCGCCAUGGAUGACCCGACCAACGCCACGUAUGUGAGCAGUUACGUUGCCAAAGAUGGGGAGGUGCUUGUAUCGGCUUGUGAUCCUUCUAUUCUCACCGUGAGGCCGAUUGGUAGUCCCGGGACUACUGGUGGGCGAUACCCGCCACGCGUGGGUGAUCUACCGGAAGGAUUCCGAUUGGAAUAUGAUCUCGGAGAGGGAGGUCGUCGGUUGGAAGUUAAUGUGUCGGUGAGAACGGUGGUUGCUGGGGAUGAAGAAUAUUAUAUGAGAUGGACAGGUGAUAUGGUUGGCGAGGUAAUUGAGUCUGAGAGCCGACAACCACAAGAUGUCGGUGGUGGUGAGCCCAAAAAGGAAAUGGGAGAACGUUCCGAACGAUCAUCUUCAUCUCUCGUUGGUGUUGCGGUUUUGGAGCAAUUCGUUAUGAUGGAAUAG